UGAUAAUUUCUUUUAUUCUGACUUUAUUUGCCCAGGCUUGUUGAUCUUAAUGCUAAAGUUUAGUAAGUUAUAUCUGGUAGCCUACAUCUGCUGAUGUAGCACUGCAGCAGAGGAGCCUCAGAUGCCUCCAGAGAUUAUUAACAACAUUGAUGCAGUUAAUAAUGUCAGUGUAAGUGUAGAGAAAAUAAAAUACAUUUAUUUUCAUUAUGUGAUGAAUAACUGUAAUUCAUAUUUUGUAUCAAAGUUGGAUUUGUUCUAUUUCUUUUCUUGUUGCAUGUCAACACCUCCAGUACUAUCUAAGUUCUUGCAACAUCUCACAGAGUGAUGAUGAAAACUAUGGGGGCAUGAGGUCAUCCUCAAGCUUUACAGUAUAGAGUCAGUGCAGGGGGGUCAGACAGGUUCAAAGGUUAUUGCACUGACAUUACUAAAGUGUGCUCUAUGUUGAUGUGACCCCUACAAAUGAACCUGUGUGUUUGUGUCACUGCUGCUUGUUCCGUUUGUAUUUCUCACCUCUCUGUCUUCUCAGACGCUUGUUUGCAGCCAAAGGUCUUACAAUGCUCUCCUGAAGUCUGAUGAUACAUUUCAAUAAUGGUGCACAUGUAGUUAACCCAUACUUUAUCAAUUCUAGAUUCUUAUUAGAUUAUAGAUUUGACUAUAUGUCCUUAACUCUCACACACUCUGUCACAUGAUCGCUCAUGCCCUGUUUGAGUUUGAGAAUGAGCCACUGCAUCUCACUGGCUGAUUCUGACCAAUCAGGACACUGAGUCAGAGGAAACCGGAGUAUUAUAUUCCUCAUUGUGUCACUGGUGGAUUUUAUAUUGAGCACAGCUGCCCUCUUAAAGAGGCAGGACCCCCUUGAUAUACUGCAGAUGUUUUCAGUCUGCUCCUCCAGUUGUUUCAGGUUGCAGAAGAAAUGUGGAGCUCUGUCUGCGUGACUCCAGCGACUGCUUACGGGAGCAGAUGCAGUACAUGAUGAGGUCACUGCAGGAUCUGAAACAGCUGAGAAGGACCUGUCCAGCAGUCAGGCGCCCCCUCUCUCCCAUCAGUACCCAGCUCCCGGCUCUGGUGCGACACUCUGCGUUGGCACGUGCCUGUCAGCAGCGAGCACUGCAGAGAGAUCAGAGAACAUGUGUGCGGAUGUCUGAGGCCAGCACUGCCAGCACCUACGACUCUGCAUGCUGCCUGUCAAGUCCUCUAGAGGAGGAGGACGAAGACCAAGAGUCAAGCACCCAGCUGGGUCUGAGCCUCAGACUGGGUUUGGGUUCUCCCAGCAGCCGGAAAAGUUUGGACUUGGAUUCGGGCUACUCUGAGUCAUCGUGGCAGGAUGAAGGAGUGUUUCUGAGGAGGACAAGGAAUGUGAGGGUUUCAUCGUCAGCCUGCCUCCGCACAAACAGAGCACCCAGCGGACGCAUUAGACCCAAAUCCACGUCUGACGCCUGUCUGGAAAGGUGGACAUCAUUUGAAGUCAGUGACCAAGAGGACUGGACGAACUCUUUACUCACCAGAGGACGAAAUCGCCAACCUCUAGUGCUGGGCGAUAACAGCUUUGCAGACCUCAUACAGAACUGGAUGGACCUACCCGAGUGUCCAGAACCUACAGAGCUGAAUCUAAACCCGGGACGCAGGACGGGGAGAGGUUUCUUUGUGAACAUGAGGAGGAAACUGGCUGGUUUUUCAAAGAGUGUAGAGGACAGAGUGAGGAUGAGACCCACAGACUCUGUUUGUGCUAACAGAGCUGCUAAUGCUCCAAAACGUCUGUCCUGCCCGCUUGUUGCAUCCCAGGCCAAAGUGCCUUUUUUCCAUCAGUCUCAUUCCGCCAUUAAUAAACUGGACUCUGACUUUUACCACUUUGCUGCCCUCUUGAAGUCAGGCAGUCGGCAGCCCAUCAUCUGCAAAGACAUCAUAGGCUACGUCUGACAGUUUUCAUCGGACAAUAAUAAUCAUAAUCAAUAAUCAUCAGAGUCACUUUAAAAUGACUGUUAUUUUUAACGUUUUAUAUGCUGUGACUAAACUAUUGAAAAUAAAGAUGUUUGCAUAAUUGAAA